CUGCUUCACUGCUCCAUCACUUCAAUGACUGCUCCUCCGCGGCUCAAUGUAAAUCAAUUAUCCCGGCGACCUUUUUGGUCGCUCUUUUUAUUAUAAGGACACUUUUUUUCUAACUCCAUUGUCUCGUCGAACCAUUUUCUUUUGUAUCAGCUAGGAAACUUCCAAGCAGCUGUGGGCAACUUUCCGUCGCGCUGUGAGGUGAAGAAUGCAUUAGCUCGCUCAGCUAGCAGCAGCUUUCUUCGGCUUUCCAGCAUCAAGCGCUGUAUUUCGCGUGGUUUGUAAUGUUUUUCCGUGUCUCCAGUCGUGAACUAACCUUCAUGGAUUAGCUGAAUGAUUUUUAUCCCUCGUAAAUGAAAGGAAAAUAACGGAAAGGUUCAGUUUAAGUGCCUGAGCUGUCGUGAGGAUGAGCAGCAAGCGGAGUUUGUUUGUGCGGCUGGUGCCAUGCCGCUGCCUGCGGGGAGAGGAGGAGACCGUCACCUCGCUGGACUACUCACACUGCAGCCUGGAGCAGGUCCCCAAAGAGAUCUUCAACUUUGAGAAGACCCUGGAGGAGCUCUACCUCGACGCCAACCAGAUCGAAGAGCUGCCCAAACAACUUUUCAACUGCAGUUUGCUCUACCGACUGAGUCUACCGGAUAACGACCUAACAGCGUUGCCACCGGGCAUCGCAAACCUCACCAAUCUCAGGGAGCUCGACGUCAGCAAGAACAGCAUCCAGGAAUUUCCUGAAAAUAUCAAGAACUGUAAAGUCCUGAACAUCGUAGAAGCGAGUGUGAACCCUAUAUCAAAACUCCCAGAAGGCUUCACGCAGCUCCUCAGCCUGACCCAGCUCUACCUGAAUGAUGCCUUCCUAGAGUUUCUACCAGCCAGCUUCGGCAGACUAACCAAACUGCAGAUUCUGGAACUGCGGGAGAACCAGUUAAAGAUGUUGCCAAAAAGCAUGCAUAAGCUCAUGCAGCUGGAGCGCUUGGAUCUGGGGAGUAACGAGUUCACUGAAGUGCCUGAAGUAUUGGAGCAGCUCACUGGAAUCAGAGAGCUGUGGGUGGACGGAAAUAAGCUGACGUUUUUACCGGGGAUGAUCGGGGCACUGAAGCAACUCUGCUACCUGGACGUUUCCAAAAACAAUUUGGAGAUGGUUGACGAGCAGAUAUCUGGCUGUGAAAACCUGCAGGAUCUGCUGCUGUCCAACAACGCUUUGACGCAGCUGCCAGGAUCUAUAGGCUCACUGAAAAGACUAACCACUCUGAAGGUGGAUGAUAACCAGCUCAUGUACCUGCCUGACACGAUAGGCGGACUCACGACUCUGGAUGAGCUGGACUGCAGCUUCAAUGAGAUUGAGGCGCUACCGUCCUCCAUUGGUCAGUGUGUAAACCUGCGUACGUUUGCUGCCGACCACAACCUGCUCGCACAGAUGCCUCCAGAGAUGGGCAGUUUGAAGAACGUCACUGUUCUCUUCCUGCACUCAAACAAGCUGGAGUCUCUGCCGGAGGAGAUGGGUGACAUGCAGAAACUCAAGGUCAUCAAUCUCAGUGACAACAAGUUGAGGAACCUUCCGUACAGCUUCACUAAACUCAACCAGAUGACCGCAAUGUGGCUGUCUGAAAACCAGUCGAAGCCCCUCAUUCCCCUGCAGAAAGAGGAGGAUCCAGAGACGCACAAGACCGUACUUACUAACUACAUGUUCCCUCAACAGACCAGAAGCGAGGACUAUGUGCCCAACUCAGACAGCGAGAGCUUUAACCCGUCUCUGUGGGAGGAGCAGCGCAAGCAGCGGGCGCAAGUGGCCUUCGAGUGUGACGAGGACAAGGAUGAGAGAGAAACGCCCCCGCGGGUCAGUUCCCACCGUCCAGUUCUGUCCAGGGAGGGCAAUCUGAAGCGCUACCCGACACCGUACCCUGAUGAACUGAAGAACAUGGUGAAAACGGCUCAGUCCGUGGCUCACAGACUCAAAGAGGAUGAGUCCGGUGACGAGGCAAGAAAAGAGCCUAAGGUCAGCGAGAGGAACCAUAUCGGAGUGCAGGAUGUUGGAGUGAAGGUGAUUGAAAGUCCCUGCACCAAUGGCAAAGCUGUUGAAAUGGAGCCUAAAACAAUGAUGAACAGUCAUCACAAUUAUGAACCAAUAGAUUCAAUAGACUACCACAGCGUUGAAAGGAUCCCGCUCAAGACCUCAGACAACAUGAGAACCAUGGUGAACCAUGAUGACACCCUUGAGGACUCAGAGGAGCUGUCAUCUGAUGAGGAGGAAAUGAAGAUAGCCGAAAUGAGACCUCCACUCAUUGAAAUCUCCAUUAACCAGCCCAAAGUAGUGGCCCUCAGCAAGGACAAAAAAGAUGAUGGGAAAGAUGCCGACUCUUUGCUGGAUGAGACUGUGGCCAACAGUAACCAGAACAACAGCAACUGCUCUUCACCCUCACGCAUGUCUGAUUCUGUGUCCUUGACCACAGACAGUAGUCAGGACAACUCCCUCUGCACCCCAGAAAGAGAGUCAAAGAUGCCUCUCAUCCCCAAGAACAGACAAGAGGAUGAAAACCUCAACCAGCUGAAGCAGAUGACCCCUUUACUCCAGAACUGUAAUGGUUCUGAGACGUCCUUACAGACCAUCCUGAAGAACCAGCAGAGCUAUGAAAGCAAGUCGGACCAGAUGGCCGACUACAGUCUCUCCAUGGAGGAGAGACUUGCCCUCAUUGAAAAGGGCAUAAACAAUGGUGUGACAGAGCAGUACAGCAAGUGGGAUCAGAUCAACAUGAAUGUGGCCAAACUCCCACCUGACAACAUGGUGUCGUAUGAGGACCUGGAAAGGACCAAGAGUCCCUCAGCCAAGGAGUCCAUGUCAAGCAACAACAAUGCCAUGCUGUCACUCGAGAACCUUGAGAAUGGGAACCGGCUUCAAAAAACCCAUUCUGGGGAGAAUUUCAAUGGCCGAACGGAUCAAAUUCCCUUGCGCUACGAGUCUACGAGGACUGUCUCGACAGGUAUAACAGCGUUAAGUGAUAUGAGUCUUUCUCGUAGCACAGAGGAGCUGUCGCCAGAGAAGAAAUGUCCACCGGCCCCAGUGGUGAAAUCUCAGAGCAUUGCUAACAUGGAAGUUGGAGGGAUGAAGCUGUACUCCAUCGAGGGAGAAAGCCCCCCUUAUGAAGUGGCAUGCGCAACCAGAACAUCUGUAACUGCUGCUCAGGGCCAGAGCAUCGUCCGGUCCAAAUCUGCGUCCUUGCUCAACGAUCAACCUUUGCAGAUCUACCCUGGAUCCUCUGCAUCAUCCUCCGACUUGCUCUCCAGCUCCAAACCUCCGGUUAGCAGCGCCCGCUACCCUGCAGGCCCCCCGCCGCAGUACAACAUCCAGUAUGCCAGUAGCACAGUCCCCAAAGACAACCUGUGGAGCCAACGUACCCCCGUACCUCCCGAGCAGCCCUACUUGCCGCCGCAGCACUCCCUUGCCAACACCAACUACUCCAACCGCAACAACGCCCCUCCAUACCCCCAGCCCCAACAACGUGGCCCGCCCAAGACCCCAGACAUGUGGGCCAAAGAAAGGAUGCUGCCACCUGUUGGCCAGCGUGGCACCUUGCAGAGACAAGGUAGCGGAUCCUCUGGCACCUCCAUGUGCAUGCAGGACCCACGUCGCAUGCCAGGAAUGGAAGGAGAGUACAUGACCUAUCGGGACAUUCACGUGGCGGGCCGUGGCCCCCUGCAGAUGAGCCAGGCUCUCCACAGACCAUUGUCAGCCCGCACGUACAGCAUAGAUGGACCUAACGCUCCACGGCCACAGAGUGCCCGGCCCCCUCCUCACGAGCUUCCAGAGAGGACCAUGUCCGUCAGCGACUUCAACUACCAGCAUGGCAGCCCCAGCAAGAGGCCCAGCAUGAGGGUGAAGUCAGAGCACUCGCUGCUGGAUGGGCCAGUUGGAGGUGGCAGGGUUCCAGCUGACUGGAGGGAUCAGGUCAUGAGACACAUCGAAGCCAAGAAGAUGGAGAAGAGUGCUCUAUCUCGGUCUUUGGCCACUCUCGAUGACAGUCAGAGCUCUCUGGCCUUUAGCGCUGUAGACGGAUACCAGUUUGGAGCUCAUGGGCCCAGCGACGAUGUCUUCAGUCCUCAUGGACAACAGGGCUACCAUAUUGACACUCUAAGAAAAGUGCCUUUGAUGAACGGCCAAAUGUGUCCUCCUGUGAGACCUCCCAUGAGCUGCGGUCAGCCAGCAAUGGCACGCCACCCCUCACGAGAGCAGCUCAUCGACUAUCUGAUGCUCAAAGUGUCCCAGCAGCCCCCAGGCCCUCCACGGGUCCCACACGAGACACUGCAGCAGGAGCUCCAUGUGAAGAUCGAGAAGAAUCCUGAGCUGGGUUUCAGUAUAUCAGGAGGAGUGGGUGGUCGCGGGAAUCCCUUCCGCCCAGACGACAACGGCAUCUUCGUGACGAGGGUUCAGUCAGAGGGACCGGCUUCAAAACUCCUUCAACCUGGGGACAAGAUCAUCCAGGCAAACGGAUACAGCUUUGUUAACAUUGAUCACGGACAUGCUGUAUCCCUUCUGAAGACGUUCCCCAGCACCGUCGACCUGAUCAUCUUUCGAGAGAUGGCUGCAUAACUGACAGAUCUGAAUGUGCACUGUCUUAUUUUUGUACCGAGAGAAGCCAGUGUGCUGUAUGUAGUUAAUCUGAGCUGAUGUAAACAGGACAAGGUUUGACCGUCGGUGAAGAGGGGCGAAACCACUGCAUCAGGUGGAAGACGGACAGAGUCUGGAAGCAUGCACCUUCACUGUGGGAUAGCCUGUUGGUGCACUCCAACUGAUAUGAAAACCUGUGCUUUUUGUAAAGAUCGUUUUUGUUUUUCAUUUUAUAAGACAUCACCUGGGUAGAGUUCUUGUGGGACAUGAGCUGUAGCUGACCGCUUGAGGGCAGGGCUCUCUAUCAAAUCUCACUCGUUUUGUUUUUUAUUAUUUUAAAGAUUUUUAAAACCACUUUUAUGACCUGUGUGAGAUUUUGAGUUGGAAGACAAUGCUAUGUGCUAACUGUGGUAAUGAAUGUAGAACUGGGGUGAGCUAAACUGGACUGGAUGUGAAAUCUGUUGGCCUGGUGGUCAGGUUACCCUUGUGAAGAAAACUUCCUCUCAUUGGGGUGAAUAACUUGUUUCAUCCAUCUCAAUGCUAGAAACUCUUCUAGUCUCCUCAGCUUUCUAUACAUUCUGGAACGUUCCUCCAGUGAAAGAAGGGUCUCUUCCACCAAACAGAAGUGGAAGACACAAACUUUAGCCCAGAUGCCACCUGGAAGGAUGCGCUGAAAUGCUCCCUGUACGUGAAACAUGGACAGGAACGCGAUGAAGAACUUCCAUGAGGAUUUCGAAAGAGAACAGCCUUACUAAAAGACACAAACAGAAAGUGGUUCAAGCUAUCUUAACCGAAGCAUAUUGGGACACUGUGGCUGGGCGGCAUGAAACUGCUGACACGUGAACUUCUUUCCUCUGACUUCUACAACACAGCCACCCGAUUCCAAUGCCACUGAACUAAUCCGAAGCAUUCGCGCUCAAACUUUUUUUUUUUUCUUUUCUUUUCUUAUUUCAUUUUGGAGGUCAUCAAAACGGUUUUUUAUUCUGUGAAGAAGAUUGUAGAUGUGAUAUUAUAUUCUCUUACGAAAACAUUAUAACAUUUGACUAGUGUUGCAGUCAUGGACGUUUGCUAUUCGGGGCUUCGAUGCAGGGCUGAGAAAACAACAUGUCAAGUGCCAUAGACCCUGAACUGUCACAAAAUGGGUUCGACCCAGAGCAAUACUCAUACAGAUCCACGCCGCACAUUCAGUGGCCUUAUUGGGCUGAUGUAUGACACAGUGGGCGAAAGAGCAAUAGAAAGUCGUUUAUUCCAUUCGCAAGAUGCAGUCAUUUGCAUUUUUUUUAUAAAUAAAGAAAACCCAUUUAGUAUUUCUCAAUGAUACAGCAUUUUAUAUUGUAAAUCUUUUAAAGACGAAAACAUAGGAAUGGCAUUUCAAAUUUUUUUGUAAAAAAAAAAAAAAUGUUCGUAAAGUCUGAAUAGUGUGCGAAUGAAUGUCUCGUCACGUCACAUUAGCGAUUGCACUGCUGUUUCCAAACACCCCUAUGAAGAUUGUCGUUCCAUUGUAUGUUGAUAAAUCAACUUCUUCAAUAGCAAAUAGAUUCGAAAAGCUACAAAGCCUUGUAAAACGUUAAUCGUAAUGUUUGUAUUUGAAGUAGCCAUGUUGAAAGGCCAUGAAAGAUUUUUUUGCCCUGUCUUCAUAUGAGGAGAAUGACCUACUGUCGAUUGUAGUACUGUGUGUAUAAUUUGCAUGAAAUUCCUCCUUUUGAUUGUUCUUCGCUGUAUUCUUCGGUAGACUGGAGCGCUAAUUGAAUCAAAGUAAUCAAAUUAACAUACUGAUAAUGUGACAAAUCCACAAUUUGAUGUGAAAGAGCACUCGACUUCAGUUCAUUUGAAAUUGAUUGACUAUUGAGUUCCGAUCCCAGUUUUAAUUUAGCAUUGACGUGCUGACCUCAAAGUUUGUUAUUAAGCUUUGGGUCAGCAUUGCAUAUGGAUUGUAAAUGAAUUUGCUACAUUUGAUUAGUUUUUUGGGGGAAAAUGAUUAAAGUGAUAAAACUACCCCCCCCCCCCCCCCCUUUUUUGCUGUGAAUGAUUCACUCAACACAAUGUUUUUGGGGACACUGUUACGUAAAUUUUGUCACGAAUCAGUCUAGCGUAGAUCCCUCGACUGUCACUUUUUUUUAUUUUGUCUGCAAAGACAUUGUAAAAACGUAAUAACGAACUGUGACUAAAAACAACUGGUGUUCUUUUUACUGUCCCACUUUUAUUUUUAUUUAUUUAGUACACUUUACUUUGACUUUAGAGAUUACUAAUCAACAUGUAAAUACUUUUUUUAAAAGGUUUAUAAUUUGUUCAUGGCAUUAGUGAUUAUGUUUUUAAAACCAGCAAUAACUUGCAUCAAAGAAGCAGCCCUUUUAAUGUAUAGCUAUGUCAAAGGUUUCUCCACAAGCAGCUACUAUUAAGAUGAUUGGUAUGCAUUUAUUCAACAUUCCAGAUUUUGUAAAUAAAUUUACUUUCCAUGGUGUCCUGUGGAAAGAAUAAAUCAACUAAUGCUCUUUCAA